UUUUCUCUUGGCUAUGGAUGUUGUGAUUGUCCGUAGGUGGUAGAUGGUCUCUGACUGUCGAACGCGGAGGUACCACCCGGCGGUUCUCGUAGGCGGAGCCAGAAUGUGUGCAUGUUGCAUGCACACGUGUUCCCUCGCCAGAGUCCGUGUGGCGUCCCCCCUUUCCCAUGUAUCCCCCAUAGCCCCACGGUACCCAAUGGGUGCUUAGACCUUAGGCCUUCGUGAUAGUUGGAGUAUAAAAAAAAAAAAAAAAAAAAAAAAAAAUCAUUUUGAAAUUUUUAUCAUUUACUUAUUA